GCUCGGCUUGCUUUAUCUCGCGUAUGAAUUUGGAGCCACCAUGGCGGCGAACCGCUCGUGUUUCAUGACAGAAGUUCUGACAAGUAGGGAGACCACGAUCACAAGUGGAUAAGAUAACAGAAGGUCAAGAUGGUGCGGGUGGUGUUUCUGCAUCCAGACCUCGGCAUAGGCGGAGCGGAGCGUCUGGUUGUCGACGCUGCCGUGGCCCUCAAGUCGGAGGGAUGUAAUGUCCAGAUCUGGACCGCCCACUAUGACCCGACCCAUUGUUUCUCCGAGACCCUUGACUCAGACCUACCUGUGGUAUGUGUGGGUGACUGGCUGCCCACCAGUGUCUUAGGUUACUUCCAUGCGGUGUGUGCUUACCUGAGGAUGAUCUACGUGGCUCUCUAUUUGGUUUUCUUCAGCGGGCUGGAGUAUGAUGUAGUUUUCUGUGAUCAAGUGUCAGUGUGUAUUCCAGUGUUGAGGCUAUCCCGUCACAGAAAGAAGGUCUUAUUCUACUGUCACUUCCCAGAUCAGCUGCUAACUCAAAGGAAAUCAGCCCUCAAGAAGCUUUACCGUGCUCCCAUUGACUUCCUGGAAGAGCGAACCACUGGCAUGGCUGACUUGAUUCUGGUAAACAGCCAGUUCACCGCAGGAGUCUUCAGGGAGACCUUUCAGAGUCUCAAAGGGGUCCAGACAGACGUCCUCUAUCCCUCGCUCAACACGCGCACGUUUGACCAGCCGCCCACUGAAUCGGAAAGCCUGUGGGGGCUGCUUCCCGAGGGAACCUCCCACCUGUUCCUCUCGCUCAACCGAUACGAGCGAAAGAAGAACUUGGGUCUGGCCCUGCGAGCCCUAGCCGAGCUGAGGCGCGUGCUUCCUCCGGGCCGGAGAGCAGGCGUCCACCUGGUGGUGGCGGGGGGCUACGACGAGCGAGUGGGCGAGAACUUGGAGCACUACGCCGAGCUGAAAGAGCUGGCAUCGCAACUCCACUUGGAGGACUGUGUGACUUUCUUACGCUCCCCCUCGGACUCGGUCAAGGUGGCGCUGCUGCGGGGCAGCCACGCGACGCUCUACACGCCCAGCGGGGAGCAUUUUGGGAUCGUUCCCGUCGAGGCCAUGUACUGCUGCUGCCCCGUUAUCGCCGUCAACUCCGGGGGGCCCCUGGAGAGCGUGGCGGACGGCGAGACGGGCUUCCUGUGCGAGGCCACGGCGGAGGCCUUCUCCAAGGCCAUGGAGAGGCUGGUUGCGGAGCCGCAGCUCCGCAGGGACAUGGGACAAGCUGGCAGGAAGAGGGUGCAAGAUAAGUUCUCUCUCCAGGCCUUCUCGCAGCAGCUGUACGGAUAUGUUGUCGGCCUUAGCCAGUGACAUAUUUUUUUUUUUGGGUGCGCCUGACUGUGGUGAGGUAUGAGGCGGUUGCUGUAAGAGGACAAUUAAUCAGUGUUGCUGAGGAAAAGCCUUUGAUACCAAUUAUGAAGAAGAUCAAAUGCGUACAUGUCGCAGCGUGGCAACCAAAAGUAUUGAUUGAUACAGUGAAAUGUUUCUAACCCCUUUUUUGGGCCUGUCUUUAUUAGCGGAGGAACGCAGUUAUCAUCAGGCACGCCACGCGGUCCUAAAUCAAUAAACGGGAUGUUUCCCCUCCA